UGCUGUUUACACUCAUAGUUGCUUUCCCUCUCUCACUCCCUCGAAGCUAACCGAAUUCACCGAAAAUGGAUUAAUCCUCCUCCAAAAUAUGUCCCCAGGCACAAUGACAAAACGAUGAGAUCUCUCAUGAAGAUGUUUCCACAAUCAGGGAAAUCGAUUAUCUUCGACACAUUUCCUGAUCCGACAGAUACCUGGGAGAUCAUCGAGACCAUCGGGAAAGGGACUUAUGGCAAAGUCUAUAAAGUACUCAACAAGAUCGAUGGCAGCAAAGCGGCUGUCAAGAUACUGGACCCCAUCCAUGAUAUCGAUGAGGAGAUUGAAGCAGAAUACAAUAUCCUCAAGGCUCUCUCUGACCACUCCAAUGUGGUUAAAUUCUUUGGGAUGUACUACCAGAAGGAUGUCAAAAACGGGGACCAGUUGUGGCUAGUUCUUGAGCUCUGCAAUGGAGGUUCGGUGACAGACCUGGCCAAAGGCAUGCUGAAGAGAGGGGACAGAAUGGAUGAGGCGAUCAUUGCCUAUAUCAUACACGAGGCCCUCACGGGUCUCCAUCACCUGCACAUCAACAAGACCAUCCACCGGGAUGUCAAAGGCAACAACAUCCUACUGACCACACAAGGAGGGGUGAAGCUGGUGGACUUUGGUGUUUCGGCCCAGUUGACGAACACUCGUCUCCGUAGGAACACCUCGGUGGGAACACCUUUUUGGAUGGCGCCGGAGGUGAUUGAGGUGUCUGGGUGUGGAUUUAACUGUGUGUAUCGAUGCUCUGUCUGUGUUAUAGCGUGUGAGCAGCAGUUGGACUCCACGUAUGACGCUCGCUGUGACGUCUGGUCCCUGGGCAUUACUGCCAUAGAGCUGGGAGAUGGAGACCCGCCCCUCUCCGACCUCCAUCCAAUGAGAGCUCUCUUCAAAAUCCCCAGAAACCCUCCCCCUACCCUGUACCAGCCGGAGCUGUGGUCGGACCACUUUAACGACUUCAUCUGCAAAUGUCUGAUCAAGGACUUUGAGCUGAGGCCUAACGUUCUAGACCUGCUCCAGCAUGUGUUCAUCAGACAGAUUGUAGGCCGAGAGAGGAUCCUGCAGAAACAGCUGAUGGAACUCAUAGACCUCAACCAGCAGAUAGGACCCACUGGAAAGACAAGCCAUCAUGGAAAGACAGACAGAAGCACAGACAGUAACGACAGGCAUGAGCGCAUCCACACCAAGAAAGGUGGUCAAAUUAUGUCAUCAAGCCCCACCCCCGACGAAGUGGAUGACCUUGUCACCCUGGAAGUACUUGAUGAGAAUUCAGUCACAGAGCAGCUUCAGAGGCGCUAUGCCAAGGACCAGAUCUAUACCUACGUUGGAGACAUCCUCAUUGCAGUUAACCCAUUUCACAAGAUGGAGCUGUAUAGCCCACAGUACACAAAGAUGUACAUAGGAGCGAAACGCACCGCGAACCCGCCACACAUCUUUGCUGUCGCUGACAUAGCCUACCAGUCCAUGGUGUCAUACAACGCAGACCAGUGCAUUGUAAUCAGUGGAGAGAGUGGUGCAGGAAAGACAGAGAGCGCCCAUCUAUUGGUCGAGCAGCUCACGGUGCUUGGAAAGGCCAAUAAUCGAUCACUCCAAGAGAAGAUCCUAUUGGUCAAUAACUUGGUGGAGGCUUUUGGGAACGCAUGCACCGCCAUCAACGACAACUCCAGCCGCUUCGGGAAAUACCUGGAGAUGAAGUUUACCUGCGGGGGGACCGUUGUCGGAGCGCAAAUCUCAGAAUACCUCCUGGAGAAAUCCCGCGUCGUCCAUCAGGCCACAGGUGAGAAGAACUUCCACAUAUUCUACUACAUCUACGCUGGUCUAGCUGAGCGGAAGAAACUUGCCCACUACAAGCUAUCAGACAGCAAAACCCCCAAGUAUCUGUUCAACGAGCACAUUAAAUUGGGCCCUGACAUAGUGAACAACACCUUCUACAAGGAGCAGUUUGACUCGGUGGAACAGUGUUUCAAAGUCAUCGGCUUUACCCUGGAGGAGCUGGGCAGUGUGUACAGUACUCUGGCUGCUAUCCUAAACUCAGGCGACAUUGAGUUUACCUCUGUGGCCUCCGAGCACCAAACCGACAAAAGCAACAUCUCCAACAUAGCAGUUCUGGAGAAUGCGGCGUCGCUGCUGUGUAUCCGUCCAGACGAGCUCCAGGAGGCCCUGACGUCCCACUGCGUAGUGGCCCGGGGCGAGACCAUCGUCAGGCCCAACACGGUGGACAAGGCCACGGAGGUGAGGGAUGCCAUGGGCAAGGCCUUAUACGGCAGACUCUUCAGCUGGAUCGUCAACCGCAUCAACACCCUGCUCCGACCCGACACACACCUAGGAGAGGAUGACAAGGGCCUGAACAUUGGCAUCCUGGACAUCUUUGGCUUUGAGAACUUCAAGAGGAACUCGUUUGAGCAGCUCUGCAUCAACAUCGCCAACGAACAGAUCCAGUUCUACUUCAACCAACACAUAUUCGCCUGGGAGCAGGACGAGUACCUGAAUGAGGAUGUGGACGCCAGGGUGAUUGAGUAUGAGGACAACCGUCCUCUCCUGGAUCUGUUUCUGCAGAAGCCCAUGGGCAUGCUGUCACUGCUGGACGAGGAGAGCCGUUUUCCCCAAGCCACCGACCAAACCCUUGUAGAAAAGUUUGAAGACAACCUGAAAUCCAAAAACUUUUGGAGACCAAAAAGGGUGGACCUUGGCUUUGGAAUUCAUCACUAUGCUGGAAAGGUGAUCUACAACGCUGCAGGCUUCCUCUCUAAGAACAGAGAUACACUACCGGCAGAUAUUGUUCUUCUACUGAGGUCGUCAGAAAAUCAGCUGAUUCGCAAACUGGUCACCCACCCGCUCACCAAAACAGGUAAUUUGGCCCACACAAAGGGUAAAGGAAUGAACACACUCAUGAGCAUGCCUCGCACCCCAGCACACCCUCACCGCACCAUGAACUUUGCCAAGAUGGGAGUGCUUAAGUUAUUCAGUUCUAGUAUGUCACUCUGUGAGGGCGAUACUGGAACUGGAGAGACCACCCACCAUCCGAGAGAGUCCACCAACAUGAGAACACAGACAGUAGCCUCCUACUUCAGAUAUUCCCUAAUGGACCUGCUAUCCAAGAUGGUGGCGGGACAGCCCCACUUUGUGCGCUGCAUCAAGCCCAACAAUGACCGGCAGGCCAGUAAGUUUGACCGGGAGAAGGUGCUGGUGCAGCUGCGUUACACGGGCGUCCUGGAGACAGCUAAGAUCCGCCGGCAGGGCUACUCUCACCGCAUCCUCUACACCAACUUUGUCAACAGGUACUACAUACUGGCUUUCCAUGCGCACAAAGAGCCAGAUGUGAGCCCAGAGACUUGUGCAGCUAUAUUGGAAAAAGCCAAACUGGAAAAUUGGGUCCUGGGCAAAACGAAAGUAUUUCUGAAGUACUACCAUGUGGAGACCCUAAACCUGAUGGUGAGGCAGACCAUAGACCGCAUCGUUCUGGUCCAGGCCUACGUCCGGGGCUGGCUGGGGGCCAAACGUUACCGCAAAAUACUGGAGAAGAGAGCACAGAGCGCUGUGGCCAUACAAUCAGCGUACAGAGGACAUAAAGUACGGAGGAGAUGUGCUGAUGAUAAAUUAAGCAAAGCCAAGUUUGAGACCUUCAUCACCCAGUUACAGGCUGUUUUCCGAGGUCACCUCGCCAAGAGGAAGUACAAGGAGUUGGUGGAGGAAAAAAAUAAAGCAGCAGCCAAGAUUCAGGCCCAUUACAGGGGACACCGGGAGAGGAAGAGUUUCAAAAAGAAAAGGGAGGCCAUUGAGAAAGACAGGGUAGAGAAAGAGAGGAUCGAAGCUGCCAAACUGGAGGAGGAAGAGAUGGCCAAAUCCGCCGUGGUCCUCCAGAGUAAUUACAGAGGCUAUAAGGAGAGAAAGAAACUCAGGGAGCGCCACAAGACACUGUCCGGAGACGAUUUGAGACUAAGGUCACCCUCACCUGUGGAGUUGGAGUCUGCUAUUAUCGAGGAGGAUGAAGAGGAGGAGCAGGAGAUUGCAGUGGAAAAGGAAGAGGAGAAUGGGUUGACCGAAGUUGCGGAGGAGGAGGAAGAGGAUGAAGACACGGCCAAGGCGGAAGAGGACGACGACGAUGAGCACACUGAAGUGGGUGAAGAGCUGGUGGACGAGGAAGACACAGAAAUUGACCAGCAACAGAAUGCAGAGCGAGCAGAAGGGGAGGAGGUUAACCCGGAACAGGAAGCUAAGGCAGCUACAGUUCUCCAGAGCAACUUCAGGGGCCACAAAGAGAGGAAGAGGCUGGUUGAAGAAGGCAAGAUCCCAGCAAGGAAACAGAGAGUUAUGAGCCCAACUGAAGACGAGACCGCAAAGGUAGAAGGUAUGUCAAAACCAGAAGGAAUGUCAAAGGUUCCAGAGACAGAAGCCGUGUCUGCAGGAGUGGAAGAGAAGGGGGAAGUAGAUGAGGCCAAGGCAGCAACGGUCAUCCAAAGUAACUUCCGUGGCCACAAGGAGCGCAAACGCCUGCAGGAGGAAGGAAAAAUCCCCAAGAAAAAGAAGGCCAAAGAGGCCAAAGAACAACCCAAACAAGAACUAGUCCAGCCACAGGAGCCAACGCUAGAACCCCAACCAGAGCCGUCCACCGCAAGCCAGUCGGAGCCAGACGAGGAAAAAGCUGCCACCGUUCUGCAGAGCAAUUUCAGAGGACACCGGGAUAGAAAGAAAUUCAAGGAGGAGAGAGAACGGGUCAAAAGGAGCAAGGAGGAACCCAUGGUUGAGGAACAGGAGGAAGGAUUGAAGGUUGAGGACAGGGUUGUGGACCUCACCGAUGUAGAGCUGGUUCGCAUAGAGGAGACAGAGUCUCAGGGAGGGGAUAGGUAUGACGAGGAGCAGGCAGCGGUGAAGAUCCAGAGCCAGUUCAGGGGCUACAAGGACAGGAAGAACCUGAAGGACACCAAGGCCACAGCCCAGAGAGAUACGGAGGAGCUGGAGGUCUUUUCUAAAGAGGUCACGACGUCUUCCCAGAACUACAUGAGCCUCCAGCAGAAGCUGAACGAGAUCAUCCUGGCCCACCAGAUAAACCCAGCCAAUAGCGGCAUGUUUGUCAAAGGGCAGGCAGUCAAUGGCUUUGCUGCCAACCAUCAGCAAUCAGUCGAUCUGAAAGUGUGUCGGACGCCUCGCAGAACCCAGCAGCCAAAGACGCUCAACACCCCUGAGGACUCUACGUACUACAACCUCAUCCAUAGGUCUGUCCAGGAUGACAAGCGCAGGCCACGGAAACAAGGUCCUGGGAAGCUGCUGGACGUAGAUGACCAGUACUACCAGGGCCUCCCCACCAGUAGGUCCACGGGUGCCAUAGCCGGAGACAGACGCACCUCUCUCACCAGACGAGCAUCUCUCGAGAGGAGGCAGUCUAUCGAACAGAGGCGCUCUAUAGAGAGGAGACAGUCUUCUGCGAGGAGACAGUCUUCUGACAGGAGGCAGUCAACAGCUGCAGACAGAAGUCCACAGACAAGAAGACAGUCUGCAGCUGCCGACAGGAGGCAGUCUACUGACCAAAGACAGACUGCAGCUGCAGACAGAAGUCCACAGACCAAAAGACAAACUCCAGACAGGAGACAAUCGAGAGAGAGGGCAGUCUCCGAGCCAGCAGAUAAAAGGCACUCCGUUCCCAGACUGCCCUCUGCAGAGGGCCAGGACGACAACCCUUAUGACUACAGAAAGCUCCUGAGAAAGACCUCCCAGAGAAGAAGGCUCAUCAAACAGUACAGAGACUGAGCAGUGCCCUUCUCAACGGCCUACUCCAUUUUAAAGCAAAUUGGCAUAAUACCUCCCUGUAUGUGACACCGCCAGAAGCAUGCCAUAACAUCUGUCAUAAUGCGACAUGAUAGUUCAUUACUGUUGACUUUUGUUAACAUCUGACAAACCCUAUUUGAAUGUCUAAUGAGUUGCGUUCUAUGAUAGUGCCGUGUCAGCUGUUAUAAACUAACAUUGUUUUUCAUAAAAUGUCAUGACAGCUGGUAUGUUUUGCUAAUGGCAUUGUUAGGACGGUGUUGCGUCAAGCCACUUCCCUGUAGUUACCAGGUUGAGUUUGGGGCCUAUACAUAGCAGAUGGCGUCACGAACGGGUUAACUUUGUCAGUCUGUAAAUACUUGCGUCAGGAUCUUCUAAGAAGCAUAUUUGUUGUAUCUACUUUAAACAAUGCUGGUAAGCUUCAUUCACUGCUUAGUGUGAGCUGAUAAUGUGUUCUUUCUCCUUCAAAAUGUAUAUGAAAGGAAUUUAAUGUCAAAAGAGAUAGAGAAUAGAAAUGGAGUGGUAUGUGGUGCAAGCCAUGACGGCUCUACCUCUAGGAUCUGUUUCAGUGUAUUGUGAUCUAUUUAAAACAGGUUUACUACUAUUGAUGUCCAUGAAUAUAAAGUUGGAAGGAAAAUGUGGUCCUAUGUCAUUUAUGGUGAUGCACAGUGGGUUAUCAAACAAGGGUUCGUGGUGAUCAUUGGCUGUAGGCAGCUUACGUUCCUGAAAUUCACUGCAUUGGCACUACCACUGUACAGUAUGUUGAUAUGAAUGCUUCUUUGCUGCUUGAAUGGUCAAUAUUAUCAACUCAAACAUCAUUUUAUUAUUGUUGUGAAGUGUAAAUAUACAAAGCAAUACAGAUUCAUGUAAAAGGUCAACGCUAAUUUGAAUACAUAAAUUGACCUGUAGACCAUAGUGUAUGUCGUACCAUCAGACCAAAUGUAAUGUCAUAUCGAUUUUUAACGCAAUAACUGCACGAUUUGAGGUUGCGUGUUAUUACAGUUGAUUACCAACCACGCUUAGUACUUUAUCUUGUUUAACUUUAAUUAAGUGGCUGUCUACAUAUUUGGGUCUUUUAAAAUACAUAAUUUAUAAUUUAUCAAAUAGUGUGUGCAUAUGUCAUUGCUCUCCUUGGUGUGACAUACAGAAACCUCUGAAGGGCAGAUAGGCUGCUGUACUUCCUGAUAAACUAUCAGUCCUUUUCUGCAUUUCCUGUCCAUAUUUUUUUCGUCUUUAAGAGUAACUGUCCGUCCGUCUGCCAAGCCCCAUCCUUCGGCUUACCUUCCAUGUGGCUCUAACCGUUUAUUAAUUAAGAGAGCCCUUGGGGAUGUUGACAGCUUGCCCUGACAUGGACAUUUUUGGGGAAAGUUGUGAAAAGUAGUGCACCUUUCCUGGGAUCUGGUGUUAGGAGGGGGUUUGAAUGUCGACCCCAAUGUAAGUGUUCUGAUACACAGAAAGGGUUUUAAAACAGAUUAGAAGUACUUUGAAACACCCAAAGUGGUUCUUUUAAUCUGAAUAUUGGUUUUGUGAAAACAGUUUUGGGGGUUUUAGUGCAUGUAAAAGGCAGCAUAAAAAAAUACACAAUCAAAAUAGUUAAGAAAUGCAAAUUAUUUAUAGCCUAAAUAUUGAUUGAUGAGGACCUGUGGAGAAUAUUUUUUGUGGAAUCUACCUUUUUUCAAUGCUUUAUUUAGACUGGAAACAGGAGGAGAUAGAGAAUGAGUGAUCGUGGGACAGGCAGAAGUAAAAAUUGAACCUUUGAAGAAUUCUGGGGCAGUAAGAUGGUACAUUUCAUUUGAAUUUGAUUGAAGUUUUACAAACUCAACCACCCCACCACAAAAAGAUUCUAGGGUGAAUUGAAAUGUAUAAUAAAAAAAACUAAAAACAUACUAUAUACUUACUAAAAAUGAUUGCAAGUCAUUUCAAUGAUUUGUUCAUUUAAUUUUACCCAACAAUUUAAGAAUAAAUCCAACUUAACAUGUGGCUUAAAAGUUCAGAUAUUUUAUGAGGAGAUCCAAAGCCUGAGAAAUUUGAGAUAUUGAACUAAUUGGUUUGAAUCCUAUCGUGCCACAUGGCUCUGUUUUAAGAGGAUUAUGGGUAAUUCAAAAGUGUUUAGAAUUUAUUCUUAUUUUACACAAUGGUGUAUGAAUGUUUGAAGAAAGAAAAGUAUAUUUAAAGUAUAGUUUAGUAUUAAGCAGCUUGAUGCACCAUAAGGUGUAAUGGAUCAUGAUGAACGGAUAUCCAAAACGGCAUUUUUAAUGUUCAAUGAUGAGAAAACCCAUUCCCACAUUUCUAACUUUUGAUGGAAGAGGAAAUUGCAAAACAUGUUGCAAAACCUGGAGUUACUGUUGCCAAAAUGGGUUAAACAGGCAAAUGAACAGACCCAUUAAUGAAUGCUAAACAAUAAAAUACUCUGCUCUAGACAGGAUUUCAAAUACCAUAAUAGUGUUUAGAAACUAUAGAGGGAGGAAACGGCACCAAAAGAGAAGUUAUCUAAUUCUGCUCUAAACAGAAUACCAAUAUAGUUUUUUCAACCUUUUUUGGUAGGGCUCCCAGUCCUUGGCAAGGUGUUGUGCAACACUUUAUUAAGUGGUGUUACAACACACCAUGCAGUGGUGAUUUUAGCAUGUAAACCUUGGUGGGGAAAACAUCAACAAAAGAAAUGUCAUGGGGAUGCAUGACAGGGAAGCCACUACACAACACAACACGAUACUAAACAAUACAUUAAUUGCACUAUAACGGUGACAAACUGCCCACAAAUGGUUACAUAAAUCUGUCCCAACAGCAGUUUUCUUUUCAGAACCAUGGAAUGAAUCCUUACCACUGCUACACCUGGCUAUCAGAGAAGACUUGUCUGGCACCGAAACAGUUCAUUCAGCCUCAUUUACUGCCUUUAUAAAGAAAUAAGUUGACAUGGCUGACUUGCUUCAACAAAUGUGGUUUCUACUGGCAAUUGAGAUGUACAUACUAUGGCAUAAGGGAACGAUGAGCGGAAAAGAGGCAAUCCGUAAAUUUGAUUGAGACAUUAAUGAGCGAGCUAAGACGAACGUAGACAAUAUAACUAUUUGUUAAGCACUUUUGAAAUGUACAGUGACAAAAUUCAGAACAUGGGUCGAUCUUACAGUAUUCUCCCUGUUACACCAAGUCGGAACCGUAGGAAAAAUAAAGGGGGGCAUAUAAGCAGACAAUGAAAGCUCUUACAAUAUUCGAUGAUUACAUUUCUCAAAUACAGGCUAAAGGCUACAUGUGCACCACCAAGUCAGAACAGUAAGCUAAAUUAUGAGUGGGGAAGGGACCCAAUUAUUAGGGUGAGACACAUGGGCUACUAACAGCUUACUACAUAAUAUACACUUAGUAUUACUUUCUUAGCUACAGUAUACAUAUCUCCCUGGCAGAUUAUAUCAUUUAUGCAGCAGCAUACAAGACAUUUUUGGACUCUUGUUGUGCUGUGCUCACUUGAACAGGAAGGUGGUGUGGGGGUCCUUCUUGUGGGAAAAUUUUGUCAUAAUUUUUAAAAAUCAAAGUCUGGCAUUCUCUGGAUUUAUAGUGCUUUUAAGGCAACUGGGUACUGUGAAAAAUACAAGGUCAAAUCAUGGCGUCAGUGAUCUUCAGGUCGGAGCUCUAGAUAGUGGCAUGUGUUCCCGGUUUGGAAUUCCAAGUUGGAUGACCGUUCAAAAAGUAUUUUCCCAGUAUGAGCUUGUUUUUUCGAAGUUCCCAGUUGUCUUGAACUCACUGAAGUCUGAGAUUUCCCAGUUCAGAGUUUCCAGUUGUUUUGAAUGUGGCAGAAGUCAUGCUGGAUUGACAGCAUGGCCAAUGUAUUCAACCUUUUUUGGCCCAUGUUACAUGUGAAUGUUUAUCCUUUUAAGUUUGGAAAAGAGACCCUUAAACCCAGACUUGGACCACACACCCACUCCACUGAAUAGCAGGCUAGUGAUUGCUUUGCAACGCUUGCAGUUAGCCACUGAUUCCUUCCAAGCCACUCAUUGGUGAAUUUGCGAUUUCCAACUUGUUGUGUAAUGUUUAUGUCCAAUGGCCGAUGAGCACAAUACGUUUUAUAUGACAAGGACUGAAAAGGAUUUGCCAGUAGAUUGUCAACUUGAUUCAUGAUGAUGACUGCUUGUCUAGCUGGCUAGCUAAGAUUUUGAAAGUAUGUUGUUGACAUGAUCAGUCCAAUCAAAGCUUCGGUACAUAUACCGUGAACCGAUGUAAUUUUAUCUGUGGCCAAUGACCUUGAGCCUUCUUGGAUGGGUACUUCUACUGUAAAUCUAUGGCAGCUCCUACGGGGCUUGAACUUUCUAGCUCUCCCUGUAGAUUUUGCAGAGACGAAGUGUCCCCAUGAGUGACAGAACACUGAACUAAUCAUGGCACAGCUAGAGAGCAUUACCAACCCCUAUGUUUUGUAUGUUCUGCUGGCUGCCCCACCACCACAGAAAGCACUGAGCUUGGCUGAAACACCUGCAUUUUGUAGCUGCCUUAGAAAGCAAAAAAGGAGACCAUGUUUGUAUGUGGCUUUAUUAAUGACAUUUUUUUUUUAAAUUGCAAAAUGAUGUUAUGCGUAUUAAUGCCAAAAUAACAUGCAAAACAGGCUUUUUUUUUGCUAAACAGGUGGGGCUCAAAACAGGUGGGGCAGUCAUGAAUAGGUUCACCACUGACACCAUGUAUUGCUUCAACACUUCUCAGGAUGAUGUGUUUCAAUACUCCAGAAACUUUAAGGUUUUAUCUCCUUCGUGUUGGUGGCAGCUCAGUUGCCACUCGUUUUGGUGUUACAAAGCACUUCAUUUUAACAGUAUAGAUUGUAUUGGCUUAAUGUAGAUUGAGAAUGGCUUUCAACAUUACUGUUGUGUUCAGGUAUGCCUACAUUCACUGUGAAUUGUUUUGACUUUACACUCUCUACUUCCCAUGCUCAGGUUGAAUAAAUGUGGAAAUCAUUUUAACGCUGUUUAAUAAA